UGGGACUCAAGCUCUGGGGUCUUAAAAGGGGAUCUUGAGCUUGCCCUAGGAGGCCGGCAGAGUGGACUUGCCGAGCGUGCGUGCCAUCCUUGGGUGAGCGGAGGAGAUAGUCUCUGAAGUCAGUUUGGUAGAGUUUAAUUCCCUCACUGUCGUCUGUGGAGCAAGGCUGGAGAGUACAUGGCAAGUACCCUGGUAGACGCAUAGGAGACACACAAAUACGUUACAUGCAGUGGCUGCCUUAAUUAAUUAAACGGGGGUUUAAUUGUCUCCUGCAGCUCUUUGAGAGUGGCUGUUGGGCCAGCAGGAGACCGCGACUUAGAAACCUGGGGACCCCAUGAGCUCAUGCAGCCCACAGCUGCACGGGGCUCUGGGAUGUUCUGUGCCAGCCCUUUUGCAGCAGAGAUACGAGGUCACUGAAGGCAGUGGUGGAGGUGCCGCAGACCCCGUGCUGCGCUCACCGCUGUGCCCCUCUGGAGCCGCCUGGUCUCCCCGAGGCUGCAGACGGGCAGACACGCUGCUAUCUUCCGGAGCUGUUGUGGGCAGGCCUCACGAUCCCCAUCGGAGAGCAGCCAGAGGCCCAGGUCCGUGAGGUGCCAGGCCUGCAGCAGGGCCACUGCGGGGGCUUCUCCCACCCUUGUGGCCUCUCUCCCGUCCCUGGCAGGGCUGUGGCCCAGCAGGCCCUGUGCGCAGGGGUGCGGCAGCGGUGUCCUGCAGGAAGUGGGAAUAGGGAGCUGUUCGGGCGGGGGGGUGUAGGUUUGUGUCAGCUGUGCGUUCCUGGCCCGGCAGAGUGAAUCCGGGGUGAGGGAAGCCGUUGCGCACACGCUUCUGCGAGGGACCUUGGCACCACUGUGACUCAGACCCAGGUGCAGGGUAGUACAUCAGAAGAGCCUCACACUGUGUUUGUUUUCCAGGCGCUCCUAGCAGGCAUGCGGAACCGGGAGAACAGCUCGCCCUGCCAGGGCAACGGGGAGCAGGCCGGCAGGGGCAAGAACUUGGGCUCCACGUGGCCCGGCGAGGAGGAGCCCUGCAACGACGUGAGCACCCCGUCCUACAAGAAGCCUCUGUACGGCAUCUCGCACAAGAUCAUGGAGAAGAAGAACCCUCCCGCUGGUGACGUGCUCAGCACCUACGAGCUCUUCGACAAGGCCAACUCCAGCAACAGCCCCUCGCCGCUGCGGCUCCUGAACGAGCCACAGAAGCGGGACUGCGGCAGCGCCGCCGCGGCCACCGACGGCGAGCCCAACAUCUACUUCCUGAUCCAGAAGAUGUUCUACAUGCUCAACACGCUCUCUUCCAACAUGUCCCAGCUGCACAGCAAGGUGGACCUGCUCUCCCUGGAGGUGAGCCGCAUCAAGAAGCAGGUGAGCCCCACCGAGAUGGUGGCCAAGUUCCAGCCGCCCCCCGAGUACCAGCUCACGGCCGCCGAGCUCAAGCAGAUCGUGGACCAGAGCCUGUCGGGCGGCGACCUGGCCUGCCGCCUGCUGGUGCAGCUGUUCCCCGAGCUGUUCAGCGACGUGGACUUCUCUCGCGGCUGCAGCGCGUGCGGCUUUGCGGCCAAGCGGAAGCUGGAGUCGCUGCACCUGCAGCUCAUCCGCAACUACGUGGAGGUCUACUACCCCUCGGUGAAGGACACGGCCGUGUGGCAGGCCGAGUGUCUGCCCCAGCUGAACGACUUCUUCAGCCGCUUCUGGGCGCAGCGGGAGAUGGAAGACAGCCAGCCCGCCGGCCAGGUCACCGGCUUCUUUGAGGCCGAACAGGUAGACGCCAGCCACUUCCUGGACAACAAGGACCAGGAGGAGGCCCUGUCCCUGGACCGGAGCAGCACCAUCGCCUCGGACCACGUGGUGGACACGCAGGACCUCACCGAGUUCCUGGACGAGGCGUCGUCCCCGGGUGAGUUCGCCGUCUUCCUUCUCCACCGGCUCUUCCCCGAGCUCUUCGACCACCGGAAGCUGGGCGAGCAGUACAGCUGCUACGGGGACGGCGGCAAGCAGGAGCUGGACCCGCAGCGGCUGCAGAUCAUCCGUAACUACACGGAGAUCUACUUCCCCGACAUGCAGGAGGAGGAGGCCUGGCUGCAGCAGUGCGCCCAGCGCCUCAACGACGAGCUCGAGGGCCUGGCGCUGGACGGGGGCAGCGAGGGCGAGGCGGCGCGCGACGACUGCUACGACUCCUCCAGCCUGCCCGACGACAUCUCCGUGGUCAAGGUGGAAGACAGCUUCGAGGGCGAGCGGCCGGGCCGGCGGUCCAAGAAGAUCUGGCUGGUGCCCAUCGACUUCGACAAGCUGGAGAUCCCGCAGCCUGACUUCGAGGUGCCGGGCGCCGACUGCCUGCUCAGCAAGGAGCAGCUGCGCAGCAUCUACGAGAGCAGCCUGUCCAUCGGCAACUUCGCCUCGCGCCUGCUGGUGCACCUCUUCCCCGAGCUCUUCACGCACGAGAACCUGCGCAAGCAAUACAACUGCAGCGGCUCUCUGGGCAAGAAGCAGCUGGACCCGGCGCGCAUCAAGCUCAUCCGCCACUACGUGCAGCUGCUCUACCCCCGCGCCAAGAACGACCGCGUGUGGACGCUGGAGUUCGUGGGCAAGCUGGACGAGCGCUGCCGGCGCCGGGACACGGAGCAGCGGCGCUCCUACCAGCAGCAGCGCAAGGUCCACGUGCCGGGCCCCGAGUGCAGGGACCUGACGAGCUAUGCAAUCAACCCCGAGAGGUUCCGUGAGGAGUUCGAGGGGCCCCCGCUGCCCCCCGAAAGAAGCAGCAAGGACUUCUGCAAGAUCCCCCUGGACGAGCUGGUGGUUCCGUCGCCCGACUUCCCGGUGCCUUCGCCGUACCUGCUGUCGGACAAGGAGGUGCGCGAGAUCGUGCAGCAGAGCCUGUCGGUGGGCAACUUCGCCGCCCGGCUGCUGGUCAGGCUCUUCCCGGAACUCUUCACGGCCGAGAACCUGCGGCUGCAGUACAACCACUCCGGCGCGUGCAACAAGAAGCAGCUGGACCCCACGCGGCUGCGGCUCAUCCGGCACUACGUGGAAGCCGUGUACCCGGUGGAGAAGAUGGAGGAGGUGUGGCACUACGAGUGCAUUCCGAGCAUCGACGAGCGCUGCCGCCGCCCCAACAGGAAAAAAUGCGACAUCCUCAAGAAAGCCAAGAAGGUGGAGAAGUGACGGGCGCCCGGGGACUGAGCGUUCUCUCGGAGCCCGCCAUGGUAUCCACAGACACGCACCUUAGGUCGGUGGGGAGUGGCUUACUACAUUUGCACACGUCACCACCACCCAACCACAGAGAAAGCAGCCUUGCCUUUGGUCUCUCCUACCUACUCUCAUUUUUUGUCCCGUAUCCCAGGGGUGCAGCCAGAGUCCGGCAGAGCUGAGCUGUGAGAGCAGAGAGGCCUCAGGAAUAGGGCAUUCUCUCCUUGGCUGUGUCCCCCACCCCCUGCAAUUUCAAAUGCAUAUUCAGCGACUGUCUGGUUACUCUGCCCACAUUUUACAUCUUCCAUUUUUAUCCAUUUUUUUUUAAUUAAAAAGAAACCCUUUUUAAAAAAAAAAUCAUUGGGCUCUUUGGGGGCCAUUUUACUUAGAAAAACUAUCUUUUAAAUAUUUGCGAUGAAGUACUGUAAGAUGACUUCAGUUGCUGGGAUUUUUUUUUUUUUAAUAUGGUUUCAGAUUUAUGAAAUUUUUAGAAAUGCCAUGUUCCUGCAUGAUGGCUAAUAAUAGCUUCAGGUGGCGUAGAGACCAAUUUUACUGACCUUGUCUUUUACAUCUGACUUUGGAAGAGUCAAGAUGCCCCUUGGAGGGCAGUAGAGGGGACGUAGUAGUGUGACCUCCUUUCCCACCGUGGUUGCAUCCUCCUUCCGCUGUGGUGCUGGGGAAGGGGCCUGCUCACGCGACCUGGCCUGUUCGUAGUUGCUGCCAUGUCGGUAGAAUGCUGUGCUCACUCUCUGUAGACGAGAACACUGGAUGAUGAUGAGGAUGAUGAUAUGAAUGUAGAUAGACGUGGAAACACGUACACAAUGUCAUUUUGAGCUGCGUCCUUCCAUUGCCCCCUUCCCUCUCUACACAAGGAUGCUCUUUGGAGGGGCAGACACAUUUCCUUGGAAAACUGUGUGUGUGUGACUAUUUGGCUUCUGGUUUAAGGAUGGGCCCCUCUGGGCUCACCAAAGCUGUUUACUUUCCGUGUGUGUAUUUGUGCAACACCCAGGUUCUGGGAGCUGUCUGGUGGCUUCACCACACCUCAGUGUUAGCCCCUCCCAUCAGUAGCACAUCCUUGUUCCUCAGGGCAAGCCCAGGCCUCGGGCCCUCUUGGGGAUACCUGGCUUUGGAAGGUCACAGGUCAUUCAAAUGGGGUUCCCCCGUCCCUUCCCAGAGUCCACUCACCUGUCCCCUCAGACCUCCUAGAAACUCUGCUGCCCUACAUCUGGCCAGUCCCUUGGCCUCGUAGUAAGACAUCUCUUCUUUCCUCACUGGUUGGGAAGGUCUAACUGCUCCAGGCCACUGGCAUACUCUCCAGGACAUCCAAUCAGGAAAUCCCCCAGCAGAUAAAGUCCUGCAAAACAAUACUUUUACUUACCUGACGUUGGGGUCCAAAGCCCUAAGAGGGAAAGGAAACAGUGUAACCCAAACUGAGUAGACCAUACCCGAAACUUGGAAAAUGAACUGAAUCACACAGGGUGGUCCUAAAACCCUUGUGGAAUGUUGCAGAGUUAAUAACCUAGUGGCUUAAUGUUUGCCACCUUAAAAUGCAGAAAUAAUAGAAACAAUCUGAAUUUUCUUUAUGCAGCUGAUAAGGACUUCAGUUCCCGUGGCUAUAUGACAGAAUUCUG